GGGGAAGGACCCCCCCAAUCGUCCCCCGUGGGGCGCUGGAGGUUCUGCAUCAACCAAACCAUCCGGAACCGGGAGGCCACUGGCCCCGGGGGACCCCCCGCAGCCCGCAGAGACGCGGGGAUGGCCCAGGGGGGCCCUGCGGACACGGCCCCGGAUCCUGGGGGGCCUCAGGGACAGGGGGCAACUGUCCCCAAACUCAGUGACCCGGGGGGGCCCCAGGGACAGGGAACAAGUGUCCCUGACCCAGGUGGCCCCCAGGGACAGGGGACAGUUGUCACUGUCCCCCAGGAGGUGGCUGAGCCAACGAUGAUGGUUCCUGAGCCCCAAGUGCUGGGGGUCCCCAGCCCCCCAGAACAGGAGGGUCCUGGACCCCCCGAUGGGACUGUCCCCAAAGCAGAGACCCCCAGCCCUGGGGACCUGGCACUGGGUGACCCCCAGGGACAGGGGGCAGUUGUCACCAGCCCUGGGGGACAGGAGGUACCCCCGGAGCCAGAGGUGCCCCCAGGACCCCCGGGGACCAUCGUCACAGGACCCCCAGGGGACGCUCCAGGACAGGGGACAGUUGUUACGGGACCCCCAGGCCCAGGGGACCCCCAAGGACGGGGGACAAUUGUUACCAGCGUUUGGGGUCAGGAGGGACCCCCGAAAUCAGAGGUGCUCCAGUGCCCCCCUGCCCGCCCCCCGCCCGGGGGGGCCUCGUUCCCGCUGGGGCUCUGCCCCCGCCUGCGCAGCCCCUCCAGGAAGGGGUGGGGGCGGCGCCUCAAGAGCUGGGCCCGGCGCCUGCGGCCCCCCCCGGCCGGUGGGGGAGACCCCAAGACAGAGGAGCCGGAGGAACUCGGGGACCCCCCCUGGGGGGAAAACUGCCAGGUGGGUGUUUGGGAACCCCCCCCCAGACUGCCCCAAAAACCCGCAGGGAUCCCAAAUCUGCCUCGGGACCCUAAAACUGCCCUACAACCCCCCCAAAACUAACCCAAGGGAUCCCAGAACUACCCCAGAGACCCUCCCAGAGUGCCCCAGGGACACCCAGACUGUCCCAAGGGACCUGGAACUGCCCCAGAGACCCCCCCAAACUGCCCAGGGACCCCCAAAAAUCCACAGGCCCCUCAAAGCUGCCCCUGGGACCCUGAAACUGCUCCACAGACCCCCCUCAAGGGACCUCAGAACCACCCCAGGGACCCCCAAACUUUCCCAAGGGACCUGCAACUGCCCCAGGUACCCCAAAUCUGCCCCUGGGACCCUAAAAUUUCCCCUGGGACCCCAAAUUACCCCCAGAGCCCCCUCAAAGCCCCCUCCUCACCCC